CUCUCGACCUUCGCCUCUCUCCCGUCCGUACGGGAGUUGCAGCGAUGAGACAAGACUGUAACUACCAACUGGAUAUCACAACAUUUUACCAAAGGGGUACAAGUUAAAAAUAAAAAAUAAAUGUUGAAAAAAAGAGAUCAAUAUUGUCCAAUUCCAUAUUCAAAUGAGUAUGCUACUAAGCAGGAUCAAUAAGUUAUCCAGCUGACUUUAAUAAACAACCAGCAGUUACUUUUGAAUUUCUGAUUUAUAAAAAAAAAAAUACUAAACUUAGAUAUGCGUUUUAGGUUGUUUUGGUUAUUCAAUUAGAGACCAUGGAAAUUUCAAGUUUAUUUUGAAAAAUAUAUUAAAACAUAUCCCCCAUAAUAAUUAGGCAAGUUAGCUAAUUAUCUCAUUGAUCUUGCUUUGUUGAAUCCCUUUCAGGUCUAAAUCUGCAUAGAGGAAAGUAUUACCAAUUCAGAACAAAUUCUUAUUUACAAUUACUGCUGGCUAACUCAUUGAUUCUGCAUUGUUGUACCCCUCAGGUCUAAAUAUGUCUAGUGGAAAGCAUAUCUGUAAGAAGUAAAAAGAACACAUGUCAUCUGGUUGUUUUGAAAUGACUUCUUAUGACAUUAUUUGCCAGAAUAAACAAUGUAGUGAAUAUUUUCCUAAACUGCGUUACUCACUCCAGUCAGCAGAGGGCGAUGGGUGAAUUUCAAGUGAUGCUUCUUGCGUGACGUAUAAUCUAGUGGACCGGGCGCUUACUUUUCAAAAAACAACAACAUGGCUACUGAUUCAACCAACUCCGUAGCUCACCAGCAAACAUAAAACCAAAACAUUGGAGCUCUUUGGACCAUUAUAUACGUAUUAACCUCAGCGUUUUAAACACACUGUCUGCGUAUAAAGUUGAUUCAUUUCAUAUUGACGUUGUUAGUCAGCUCUGGUUAAGAUAGCCGAGCACAAUAGGCUAAUCGCAGUUCUGCCCCUGAGCAAGACAGUUAACCCACUGUUCCCUGGGCGCAGAAGACGUGGAUGUCGAUUUAAUGCGGAAGACACAUUUCAGUUGAAGUCAUUCAGUUGUACAACUGACUAGGUAUCCCCCGUUCCCUUUCCCUAAUGCUUAUUAGCUAGCUAGGUAACAUCCCAGACCAUGAGCUCAAUAAGCUACUUCCCCCCUGCUAAAGAAGAGGUCUGCUGGUCUGAGAAAGAAGCUCUGGGACUGAACAUUGUCGUGAAAGAGGAAGAGGAGGAUAUCACAGUGAAGGAGGAGGAAGAAGCUUUCAGGGUGAAAGAGGAAGAGGAUGUUUCAGUGAAAGAAGAGGAGGAGAAUGCUAUCACAUUGAAUGAAGAGGAGGAGAAAGCUAUCACAUUGAAAGAAGAGGAGAAAGCUAUCACAUUGAAUGAAGAGGAGAAAGCUAUCACAUUGAAUGAAGAGGAGGAGAAAGCUAUCACAUUGAAAGAAGAGGAGAAAGCUAUCACAUUGAAUGAAGAGGAGGAGAAAGCUAUCACAUUGAAUGAAGAGGAGGAGAAAGCUAUCACAUUGAAAGAAGAGGGGAAAGCUAUCACAUUGAAAGAAGUGGAGAAAGCUAUCACAUUGAAUGAAGAAGAUGAUGUUACAGUGAAAGAAGAGGAAGAAGCUUUCAGGGUGGAAGAGGAUGUUUCAGUGAAAGAGGAGGAGGAAGAAGAAGCUUUGAGAGUGGAAGAGGAGGAGGAGACUGGAGAUUUGAUGAACACCAGAGAGAGUCUAGACUUUCAUUCUGACAGCGGGAAGAGUCCUUCAGGGGAGCCAGACCCAGAGACGUCUAAACCAGCAAGACGACACCACUGCUUCCAGUGUGGAAAGAGUUUUUCUAGGUUAGGAAGCCUGAAAUCACACGAAAGAAUACACACAGGAGAGAAGCCUUACCACUGCUCUCAAUGUGGAAAUAGAUUUACCUCUUUAGGGACCCUGAAAGACCAUGUAAGAAAACAUACAGGAGAGAAGCCCUACCAAUGCUCCCAUUGUGAAAAGAGUUUCCCCCGGUUAUGGGACCUGAAAUCACAUGAGAGGACACACACAGGAGAGAAGCCUUACCCCUGCUCCCAGUGUGGAAAGAGUUUUUCCACAUCAGGGUCCCUGAAAAACCAUGAGCUAACACAUUCCGAAAAAAAGAAUUUCCGCUGUUCAAAUUGUGAAAAGAGUUUUGGGAAUUUACAGUACCUGAAAAGGCAUGAGAAAAGACAUACACGGGAGAAGAAUUUUCACUGCUCCCACUGUGGAGUUAAAUUUACCUUGUUUCAGCAACUGAAAAAGCAUGAAAGAAUCCACAGCGGAGAGAAACGUUAUGAAUGCUCCCAGUGUGGAAAGAUAUUUACCCAGUUAAGGCACCUGAAAGAUCAUGAGGUAACACACACAGGGGAUAAGCCUUACCACUGCUCACAGUGUGGAAAGGAAUAUAACACAUCAAAUGGACUUAAAGUUCAUGAGAGAACACACAUACUGCUCCCACACUUGUCUCAUAUUUUUGACUAAGAAAUUGUGCUUUUGUUUAUGCCACGUGAAAUCAAAUUGUAUAAAGCGCGUUCCAAAAUACAUUUUUUAUUUAAACACAUGAACUGAAUAUGGAGUAUGUCAGCUUGAAAGUAGAGUUUGUAUGUUUGAAUUUCAUAUGCUCUGUGAUUAAAUUAUCAUUUUCAAGCUC